AUGAGUUCGCUUUCAAUUGUAAGUCCAGAACGUCGGAUUGAAUUGAAUCCUUUCGAUGUCGAUGCCUGGAAUCUUCUGCUACGAGAGUCACAGGCUAGACCAAUUGAUCAGGUGCGUUCGUUUUAUGAAAAAUUGGUGACACAGUUCCCGAAUGCUGGCCGUUACUGGAAAGCAUACAUAGAUCAUGAACUUCGUGGCAAAAAUUACGAAAAUGUGGAAUCAUUAUUUGGACGUUGUCUUAUUCAUGUCCUCAACAUCGACCUCUGGAAGUGUUAUGUUUUUUAUGUGCGUGAGACCAAAGGGCAUCUCUCUUCAUUCAGGGAAAAAAUGGCACAAGCAUAUGAAUUUGCUUUGGAUAAAAUUGGUCUUGAUAUGCAUUCAUACUCAAUUUAUUCCGAUUAUCUUUCCUUUCUCAAAUCUGCACCCACGGUUGGUCAGUAUGCAGAGAAUCAGCGGAUUUCAGCUGUUCGUAAAGUUUAUCAACGUGGUGUCGUCACUCCAAUGGUUAAUAUUGAACAGUUGUGGGCUGAAUACUGUGCUUACGAAAAGAGCGUAAAUGCUACAUUAGCAGAGAAAUUGAUAGCUGAACGAAAUAAGGAAUACCAAGUUGCUAAGCGCAUCUCAAAAUCAUUGGAACAAGUGACAAGAGGAUUAAACAGACAAGCUGUAAGUGUACCACCACGAGGAACUGCUGCAGAAAUGAAGCAGCUAGAUAUGUGGCGAAAGUACAUACAAUGGGAAAAAAGUAAUCCUUUGGGCACUGAAGAAUAUGCAUAUUUUGCUAAAAGAGUAAUAUAUGCUUACGAACAAGCUCUUCUAUGUCUUGGUUACUACCCCGACAUGUGGUACGAAGCUGCAUUGUUCCAACAACAAGCUGCAGCUGUUUUAGCAGAAAAGGGUGAUGUGAAAUUAGCGGCAACAAUGAACAUUGAUAUCAUUCAAUUAUUCGAGCGUGCAGUUGGAGGCCUUUUGAAGGAAAGCCAGCUUCUGUUUUUCGCAUAUGCAGAUUAUGAAGAAGAGCGAAUGAAAUUUGAUAAUGUGAAAAAGAUUUACGACCGUCUUUUGGCCAUUGAAACGGCCGACCCAACUUUGGCCUAUAUACAGCUGAUGAAAUUCGUGAGGCGAACUGAAGGUGUCCAGUAUGCACGCGCGGUUUUCAAACGUGCACGUCAGGAUUCACGUUGCAAAUUUCACGUUUUUGUUGCAUCCGCACUUAUGGAAUAUUACUGCAGCAAGGAUACGGAUAUUGCGAUAAGAGUUUUUGAUAUGGGGCUAAAAAAAUAUGGUGAUGAACCGGAAUAUGCUCUCGCUUACGUCGAUUUUCUGUCGCACUUAAAUGAAGAUAACAAUACACGUGUUGUACUUGAGCGAAUAUUGACUUCGGAAUCUAUGACGCCUGAAAAAUCGAUUGAGAUUUGGGAUCGUUACUUAGAAUUUGAAUCACAUGUUGGCGAUUUGUCGAGUAUCUUAAAAGUUGAUCAGAGACGACGUGAAGCGUUGAAAGAACAGUGUGGUGAAAUGCAAACGCUGUUGUUAAUUGAUCGAUACAAAUUUUUGGAUUUAGUACCAUGCACUAAUGAUCAGUUACGAUUGAUGGGUUAUUCGUCCUGUGUUCUAAGAUAUUUACAGAAAAAACUGGGACAAGGUUCAUCACUAAUUGGACGCGCAUCAAUUUCAGGGACGGCUUCUUUAUUGUCAAAUGGUGUUCAAACAAAUGGACAAAGUACAGUGAGGCAAACUGCAGGUGGAGGUGGACCAUCAGUUGUAAUGGGUGGUGGUGUAAGUUUGGAAAUUUCUGGUUAUCCAAGGCCGGAUACAGAUCAAAUGAUACCUUUCAAGCCAAAACUGAACACAAAUGCCAGUUAUCAUCCUGUCCCUGGUGGUGUUUUCCCACCACCGGCUGCGGCCGCUCAGCUGAUGCAGAUGUUACCCCCUCCAUGGUGUUUCAAUGGUCCAUUUGUUUCGAUAGAUUUACUUAUGGAAAGCUUGACAAAAUUCAGCCAAAGUGGACCACCAUCAGUUGAUCCUAAAGUGAAACUGGAAAAUGGUACUAUGUUUGGGGUGCAUCGAGUAGAAGAUAUCAAAAAAGAAUUUUAUCAGUUAUUGAAUACUACUACUGAUCCUAAUGUUAUUUUGGCAUCAAGCGAAUACCAACAACAACAAUCAGCUGUUACACAAAGGAAGAGACGAGCAGCUGGUGGUGGUGAUUCUGACAGUGAUGAGGAGGCGGCACCACGUGCAUCUGGGAUAGUUCGGGAUAUUUAUCGAAGAAGAAUGAACCAAAAAGUUCACGAGUAA